AUGGCAUCCGUCAGCUUUGUAGCCUUUCUGCUCCUUCUCUUCUGCCUGGGUGGCUACUCAGUUCCUGCCUACCUCCGCGCCGAUCAUCAAUCACCACGCUCCUACGCCGCGAUUGGGGAUUCUUACGCUUCGGGAGCUGGAGCGGGCACACCCGGAUGGCCACCAUAUGCAGACUUCCGGUGUGGGCGUUAUUCUGACGCGUAUCCCAUCCAAGUCGCCAACAACUCUCUGAUCAACAUCGACAAGUCCAGAUUCAAGCACCUUGCAUGUGGCGGGUUGACUAGCACCGUCAUCCUGCGAGACCAGGUCCCUUAUAUCGGCGACUCGGACCUUGUUACCCUGACGGCCAGCGGGAAUGAUGUCAACUUUUUUGUGGUUUUGAAUGAGUGCGUCUAUCAUUGGCAGCCGUCGAUUGGCUGUGAAGCCCAGCUUGUCAAGGCCCGAGAAAUCAUCGAGACAACGGCGCUUCAAAAUCUCGAGAACAUCAUCUCCGGAGCCGUCCGGAAUCUGAAACCCGGCGCGCUUCUGGUCGUUACUGGCUAUGCUCGGUUUUUCAAUGAGGACACGGACUAUUGCGACACUGCCACCUUCAGUCAAACCAGGCCAUUGGACUACCUGACUAAAUCCAAGAGAAGGGAACUCAACCAGCUGGUGAUGAUGUUGAACGACGUGAUCAAAGCGACGACAGAGCUUCAUGGCGCUGUUUAUCUGGAUAUUGAUGGUGCCUUCGAUGGCCACCGGUUUUGCGAGCCCGGGGUCGAGGAACCACAGAUUGACAGGAGCGCUACUUGGUUCUUCAACAUGCCUCCGCCCAAGGCUGCAGAGUCCCUUGGAGGCUCUACGUCUCAAAACCCUUUGGGUGACGAAGAGGGUAUGCCUGACCCUCAAGUCGUUCCUGAAUGGCCGGAAAUGAAAAAGUGGAGGGUUUUCCAUCCUACUGGUCCUGGACAUCAUGGCAUCUCGGAGGUGGUUGUGGGGGAGAUUGUCCGCCGUUCGAGCCCUCAUCGCCGUGAAUAA